CUCCGGAGCGCUUUUAUUUACUUGUUAUCCGCUCUAUAACACAGUUACAGUGCUAUUGUACUGUAUAGUGCUCUAAACCGCAGCGUUCAGUUCAGUUUUACUGCGGAACCUCUGAAGAGGCAGUUCAGCCGGACUGUGGAGUAAAGGCGCUUCUCCGCGGACUGAGAGCUGCUGCUGCUGAGUUUCCUCGCGCCUGUCUGCAGCAGCUCGGCCGGACCUCGCGUGUGAGUUGAACACGGAGGGUGUUCUGAUCUUCCCGGCGCUCGUGCACUGCGUCGUCUCCCGCUGUGAGUGCUGGGGACUGCUGCGCUCUGACCGGGAGCACCGCGAACCGGGAGUCUGUUGUCAUGGCUACUGAGGACGCCAUGUCCGCGAGCUCUGUGUGAACCAAAUGAAAAUCUUCUCCUGAAAUUCAUCACCAACAACCAGGACAGACAAAGAGCAAUGUUAAAUUGCUGAAAGAGGUGAAGCAAAAGCCGUCCAGAAGAAUCUCCAGAACACGCAGAAACAGUUUGAUACAUUUAACAGACAAAUGAAGCCAAGUCCCAACAUGGAGAAACAUCAGCACUCUGCCAAGAGUUUUACUAAACAGAGUAAUCUCAAAAACCACCAGCACAUUCACACAGGAGAGAAACUGUAUCACUGCUCAGACUGUGGGAAGAGUUUUACUAAACAGAAUACUCUUAAAAAACACCAGCGCAUUCACACAGGAGAGAAACCGUAUCACUGCUCAGAUUGUGGGAGGAGUUUCACUCAACAGAGUAGUCUCAAAAACCACCAGCGCAUUCACACAGGAGAGAAACCGUAUCACUGCUCAGAUUGUGGGAGGAGUUUCACUCAACAGAGUAGUCUCAAAAACCACCAGCGCAUUCACACAGGAGAGAAAACAUAUUACUGCUCAGACUGUGGGAAGAGUUUUAAUAAACAGAAUACUCUAAAAAAACACCAGCGCAUUCACACAGGACAGAAACCGUAUCACUGCUCAGACUGUGGGAGGAGUUUUUCUGAACAGGGUAAUCUCAAAAAACACCAGCGCAUUCACACAGGAGAGAAACCGUAUUACUGCUCAGAGUGUGGGAAAAGUUUUAAUAAAAAGAGUAUUCUUCAAAAUCACCAGCGCAUUCACACAGGAGAGAAACCGUAUUACUGCUCAGAAUGUUGGAGGAGUUUUUCAGAACAGGGUAAUCUCAAAAAACACCAGCGCAUUCACACAGGUGAGAAACCGUAUUACUGCUCAGAGUGUGGGAGAAGUUUUACUCAACAGAGUAAUCUCAAAAUACAUCAGCGCAUUCACACAGGAGAGAAACCGUAUCACUGCUCAGACUGUGGGAAAAGUUUUAAUAAAAAGAGUAUUCUUCAAAAUCACCAGCGCAUUCACACAGGAGAGAAACCGUAUUACUGCUCAGAAUGUUGGAGGAGUUUUUCAGAACAGGGUAAUCUCAAAAAACACCAGCGCAUUCACACAGGAGAGAAACCGUAUUACUGCUCAGAGUGUGGGAGAAGUUUUACUCAACAGAGUAAACUCAAAAUACAUCAGCGCAUUCACACAGGUGUGAAACCGUAUCACUGCUCAGACUGUGGGAAAAGUUUUAAUAAAAAGAGUAUUCUUCAAAAUCACCAGCGCAUUCACACAGGAUAGAAAACUAUCCCAAAUCUGUUUCAAUUAAAAGUGCGAAUCGUAAAACUUUCAGACGGAACACCUUAACCUACACAAAUGUUUAACUUUAUCACUUGGGACACGUUCUAGCAGAAAACUGAAUUUAACAAUGGAUUUUACAGGUUCUGCAAAAUGAAUCUUAUCCAGGGAUGAUGCUUAUUAAAUUCCAUGUUAUGUUUUCUCGUAUGUUAGAUGUUCCAGGACAUUCUUUGUGAGACACAGCUCAGUGCUUAGGGUAGUUACUGUUGGAGUUCAGUUCUGAAGAAGGGAAAAAACUUACUCUGUAAAAUUUAGAUGUCAUAGUUGUUAGGAGUAGAGGAGGAUUAUUAGCUUGCAACUAAAUGUUUAGGACCAAAUCUUCAGAGCUUAUGAUUUGAAUGCUUUUAAUUUAUUUUCUAGUAUAUGCAGAUUUGCUUAUUUCUAUUAAUUUCUAGUAUCUCUGUUUUCACUCUGUGGAAGCCGUCCUCAGUUCCCCGGGCUAAGCAUAGCUUAUCUUAAUGCUAUUAACUGCUAGACCCAUCUGCAUGAAAGAAGAAGUGAAAACACCACCUGAGGAACUCCAGAGUGUGCUCUCAAAAGUGAGACCCAGAUCCACAGAGACGACAC